ACAGCUCACAGUGCGCCGGUUCUGACAGCACUUCUUCUCUACACCCUCUCUUCCUGUGCUGUGUUUUUGGAGUAUUUGGAUGGCACAUUUUAAGAUGAGAGGGAUUCCCACCUCUGGGAAAAGUCCAAGAGUUUGUCCUGGAACAGAGUGAGGAGAGGAGGAGGGAAGAUAGCAGCAGAUUUUCCCCCUCAUCUUUGCCUCCGCAGGCGUUUCUUGUGUGGAAGAAUGGGGGCAGGAGCUCUGACCAUCUGUCAUGACAAGACAGCGGUGCAGGUUAAAGAAGACAUGAAGAGGAUGGUCCAGAUACCCAUACUGCGACCCAGGACAGUGACAGCCAAGCACACCAAAGUGUUUGGAGUGUCCCUGUUAGAGCUGCACCAGAGGGGCCUGGUGGAGGGCGGUGUGCCCCUGGUGAUGCGCAGGAUGGUGGAGCAUCUAUGCAAGCAUGCCUUGCAUCAGAAGGGUCUGUUCAGAGUGAAUGGCAAUGUGCGUGCUGUGGAGACCCUUAAACAGCGGCUGGAGAGUGGAGAGGACGUGGACAUUCUUUCUGAAUCUGAUUGGUGUACAGUAGCCAGCUUGCUCAAACGGUAUCUCAGGGACCUGCCAGUGGGUCUGGUAGACUCAUCUGUCCAACAGGCACUGAUACAGCACCACCAAGAGUGUGGUGAUGAUGUCUCUUGGUCAGAUAUGAGAGACGUACUUCAGCAGCUUCCAGACGUACACUACAGCCUCCUCCGCUACCUCUGCCACUUCCUCACCCUUGUGGAGUGCAACAAUAAGGAAAACCGUAUGACUGCCUUCAACCUCGCCACCGUGUUUGGACCUACUGUCUUCCACGUGGCUCCUGGUUUCGAAGCAAUGAAGGACCAGAAUAUCUGUAACAAGAUCAUGGUCAAGCUCAUCCAGAACUACAGCAACAUAUUUGAGACCGCCACAGAUGGAGGAGGCUGCGCAGAAGAACUGUCGACCCUUAUUACUGUCAAGUCUCAGGAGGCACACGUGACAGAUGCAGACACAAAGAGGUCACCCAGCCACCUCAAUGCAGACACACAAACACCGGCUUCUCCAACAAAGGCUGGACAAGAAACCCCACCACCAAAUGCAGAGAUUCUGAACAAAUCCUCCACCAACACUCCAAAGGCGAGGCAAAGGAAAAAGAAGGUGAAGAAAGGGAAGAGUGACGGGAUGACUCAAGUCAUCCCUCAGCCCAGCCACUGUGCUGGGCUGCCCCGUGCAAGGUCCCACACCAUACCAAUAAUUUUGCCGCUGACCUCAGAGCUUAGAAGUCCCAGUCCAGAGCCGAUGGAGACAGCUCACCAAGACACCGCAGAUGCUGCUUCACCACUCAGCGAGUGCGACAUUAGCCCCUCUGGCAGCAUGGAUGCCAUCAGCAGCUCUCAAGAUGAAGAGAGGCCGAUAUCUCCUUUCUACAUGAGUAACCACCUCUCCCCUGUCCACUGCACACCAGAUGUGGUAAAUUUUCUGGACAGGACGAUUCGCUCAACAGUGGAGCAGCACCUCUUCGAUGGAAACUCUGUAGGGGAUCAGAGUUCAGAAGACUCUGAGUUAACCCCAGGACCACAAUCUCCAAGGGUUACGCCAACUGCCCGACAGAGACGUCGACACCAGAGAGAGCAACAGGAGGAGGGGCUGAGACAGAAAGAAAGAAACAGAGCUGCAUCGGUCCAAGCAGACACCAACAAGGAGAACAUCCCGUCGAGCGGUGGGAGCAGUGCAGGCAGCGUAGGGGAGAACACGGGCAGCAGCGUGGACUCGCAGGGAGGCCAGAGUGGUCACGCUGAGCGCACCCCCAAGCCCAGGAAGUCGAAACACAGCCCAACACUGGUGCAGCUCACCGACAACCAGGACGCCCACACGUUUAAGGAGUGUGUUGGUGAGAAACCUGGAGUCAACCACAUGGACGCAUUUCAGAAAGGGAACGAUAUUUCAAGAAAAGACGACCUUCCUUCUCCUUCACAGACGUCAAGGAUGAAGAUCCAGGAGUCGCCUGUCACUUGUGACACGGGAAGGAUCGGCGGUGGUGACGUGCGAGGCUCUGACCCGGAUCACGAGAGCUGUGAGGACGUGCCCCGGCUGGACCUGACAGCACUUACUGAGGAAAACAACUGGGGAGAUUCUCCCUUCAUUAGCACUCCUUUCCUUGAUUUCAAAAGUAUUUUCCAUUCCAGUUGUUGUGAUGAACCGGUCCCAGCCUUCUCGCCACUACAGAGGGAGAGCAUGGACCGCGAGGAAGCUCGACUGUCCCCUCACGCUGGGGGACGUCUGAUCCGCCAGCUUCUGGAGGAGGACAGUGACCCGAUGCUCUCCCCUCGCUUCUACGCCUAUGGACAGUGCCAGCAGUAUCUGGACGACACUGAAGUGCCUCCCUCGCCACCAAACGCACACUCAUUUGUCAGUCGCAGACGGAGUUCGUCUCUUGGCUCCUGUGACGAUGAGAAGGAGGAGCUGACGUCGGCCCAGAUCACAAAGAGGAUCCACGUACUGAGGAAAAAGAUUCACAGGUUCGAGGAGAGGUUUGAAGAGGAACGUAAAUACAGGCCAUCCCAUAGUGAUAAAGCUGGAAACCCAGAGGUGCUGAGAUGGGUUAACGAACUGGCCAAGCUUCGUAAGGAGCUAAAAGAAAGCAAACUGAUGAAGUCUGAAGAGGAUCUGCCACCUCUGACCCGCCAGCGCAGCAACACACUGCCCAAAAGUUUCGGCUCUCAGCUGGAGAAGAAACCCCCACAGGAGAAAGUGGCGAAGCCUCCGGUGGAGAGCAGCCUGGAGACGAUUCUGAAGAGGCUGCAGGAGAAGAGGGAGGAGGUGAACCGCCCUGAGGACAUCAAGGAUAUGACACGGGAGCAGAUUGGAGCAGAGAAAGUGGCCCUGCAGAAAGCCCUCCUCUACUACGAGAGCAUACACGGUCGACCAGUCACCAAGAAUGAGAGGCAAAUCAUGAAGCCCCUGUAUGACAGAUAUCGCCUGGUGAAGCAGAUUCUGUGCAGAGCCUCCACCAUCCCCGUCAUUGGCUCUCCCUCCAGCAAGCGCAGAGGUCCACUCCUUCAGCCCAUUAUCGAGGGCGAAACCGCACUCUUCUUCGAUGACAUCAAGGAGGAAGAGGAUGGCUCAGAGGAUGACGGGGACUCAAAGACACAGUUCACCGUAACCGUCCGGCCUGACCUCAGUGUGCUCGGCUUCCUGGACCACAUGGAGGAGGACGCGGACGGUUUCAUUUCACCUGUGGAUGAACUUUCACCCUCUAAGCAUGUGACGGACAUGAGGCUGUCCAACCUGCACUCCGCCACUAUGGAGGAACUCGUGGAGCAACUCCAAGAGGCCCGGGAGGAGAAGAAGCGACUUCGCAAAGCUCUGAAAGAGUUUGAGGAUCAGUUCUUCAGACAGAACGGAAGAAACGUGCAGAAGGAGGACCGCUCCCCGCUGGCAGUCGAGUACAACGAAUACAAGCACAUUAAAGCCAAACUGCGGCUGCUGGAAGUCCUCAUCAGCAAAAGAGACUCCACUAAGUUCAUCUGAGACAAAAAUGAAAGACUCUAAGAGGACUUUGGAGAUUGAGUCGAACACAUCUCACCCUGUUUGAGAGAAGAUAUGAUUUUCUUUCUCGUUGCCAUCUGUGCCGCUCUUGUAUCUGGCUCGGGGGUAAACUGUUCACCUGGUAAUCUGUUGAGCUCAGUGGGGUUUUUCCUCUGGAGCCCGCAGAGAGCCGGCGACCCACGACUGAUUCAGAGCGACACAAAGUCACCUGCUUCACCUUGAGAAGUUCGCUUUCAACAAUAACCUCACCUUCAUGAGAGGACGUUUCUCCAGACACCCACAAAUAACCUGAAUCACACUUUUAUUGCUAAUAAUUUAUUUCUAUCCUUUUGAAUGUUUUUAUCAGAGAAGUUAUUUUUCUCACACUUUACUGUAGAAGAAGUCUUAAAAAACUGUGUAAGUAAAAUAACAGAUAUGAAAUUAUUGCUAUUUUUAAAGAAGGAUUUUUGCGAUCAAGAAGUGUGUAUUUUUGUAAGGGAGACGUUAAUAUUUGUAUAACUCCAAUCAGCUUAACAGUAUUCACUAAUUGAAUAGCUUUCUCUAUUUCAGUUCUGACCAUCAUAAUAUCUGAGAUAAUCUUUUGUUGCUUCCCUAGAAGUUGAAUCGAGUAUUUUCUCACUAAAAGAAAUGGUUUAAAAUAUUAACACAACCCAAAGACAGUGACUCAGAGUACAACCUAUGAACCAAAAUAACUCAUUUUCAGUAAAACAGCUUAUUUUUGUGAUCACUGGUACUUAAGCAUUUGACUGUUUUUUGUGCAUUGACGUGCUUUUUUCCCAUUUCCUUACUGUCAAAAUAAGCUAUUUCUCGUCUUGAAAUCACUGGUAUGUUUCUGCUCACACUGAUAAACAUUGACAGACGUUUGUGAGAUGACUCCUGCAGGGCGGCCUGUGUUUCCUUCUCGUCCUCUCCGGAGCUCGUUUGGUUCUUUUGUAAAUAUGGAUUACUUAUGUAUGUUUACAUUUCUGUGAGCGAGUACAUUUUUCCUUCCUUUCUCCAAAAUGGAUGAUUUAUCAGUGUGAAUUUCGUUUUUACUGAAUGUAAACACUGGCGAGGCUUAAUGAAUUUUGAGUGUGUACAUUUUAGUACAUAAAUUGUAUUUGUAUUUUGUAUAUAAUAUGAAUGAAAUCAUAUUUUUACUGAG